UUCACCAAAACAAAUGUAUACACAUUUUUGAGACUUAAUCGAAGAUCAUGAACACUGCGUUUCAGAAUGAGAAGGUGCGGAUUACGCGCCAGGUGAAGCGAAAUCUUCCGCAUCGAAAUUUCCGAGAGAUCAACUUCGAUCGCCAGACCAUAAGGGAAGGUAUUAAGCCACUGACAUACGACGAGGCUCGACGACUUAAGGGUCCUGUUUUCGAGGCCCUGGAGGAUGAGUUACGUCGUGCGGGAUGUACCAUGCUGCCGGAAUUUCUGCACUGUCUGGCCACCAAAGAGCAGGGACUUUUCGAGAGUCUUAACAUCAGGGAACGGCUAUCUGAUGACUCGGAAUUGCUCUACGGAAUGGUGGAUCGUCUCCGAGAUGCCGAACUGGCAGUUUGCUUGAACAAACAUCGUGGCCUGAAACAGUGUUUCACUUUGUUUUUCGAGACAAUGCAGCUGCUGGAGCCGUAUCGCCAGAAAUACGGAUACGCCCUGGUGUCCCUAAAUGAGCACAUUAUCUCUCUAUGCCACAAUAUCGAAGGUCAAGAACGUGACGCCGCAGAAUAUAUAUCGCGUAUCUACUACUCCUACGCCAUGUAUCUUGUGAACACAGGUCAGCGUGUCUCUGCUAUCAAAUAUCUGCAAAUUGCCAUGGAUCUUGUGAGAGGUCACGUCUGGACCGCAGAGGUGGGAAUGCCCGCUGGCAGCCUUACGCUCCACGAGUUGGUGGCCCAGAAUCUAGCCAGGCAACUGCUCAUCCAAGGCAAGGCAAUUGUACGACAACAUCCAGAGGACGCUGUGGCCAUGGCCCGUCGGGCGACAGUCCUUAUAGCGGAAAUUGGCAGAGAAAAGAACAUGGAAAUCUUUUGUGAUACCUUUCUUGAGCGAGCCUACUUCCUGAUGGAGAUUGGAAACUACAACUCGGCUCAGCAGUGUCUGGACCAAAUCCGCACCCAGGUCUUGGCCUGCACCGAGUACCGCUUUGUCAAGCUUAACAUUAAGUACUAUUUGUUUCAAGGGCAAUGCUCCGAAAUCUUCGAACACGUGGACAAAGCCAUUUCCUCUUACAAGCGUGCUCUCCGCUUGUCCCGUCUCUACACCCAUCGGGAUCUGGAAGCAAAGAUUCUGCUACAUCUGGGAAAGAUCUUCGCCAAGGAUACUCAAAUGACGAGUAUUGCAAAGAAGUGCUACGAGCAUGCCAAACGCAUCUACGUGGACUUCAACGAUCAGCACAGCCGCAAGAUGGCCAAUUAUCUUCAGGCCAAGUUAAUGGCCGACGAGAUAACACCACUCUACAUGGCAAUGCUGAAGUCUUCUACUACACGCUACUGUGCCUUCUUCAAUCUACGUCAGUGGAAAAAUCGCUGUCGUCCUUUCUGGAAACGACUGGGUGAUGAGAUUAUCAAACAGGAAACGGAUAGCAUUUACUGCCUGCUGGAUGAGGAGAACGAGGAUCCUGGCCACGAAGUGGCUCUUUACGACGAUGUCGAUCUCAAGACAUUCAAGCUGGCCGAGGGAGACAUCUGAGUUAGCAAAACUCCCUUUUGAGUUUAGAAAAUUGAAUCGUUUAAUGUGAAUUAAUGUUAGAUUAAAAUUGUUACAGCAAGCAAA